GACGGUUUAAUUUCAGCAGGGACAUGUGAAUAAAACCUCUUUACUCAUCAGUCUCUUAAUCUGAAAAUCCUAACCGGAAGUCCUCUGUGCCUCCUCCUCCUCCAGAGGGGCAGAUCCCUGAUCUGAGCUGGACCGUCUCAGUCCAGAUCUCUCCAGACUCUCUAAGAGGUUUAUGUCCUCUGUGUCUCCGGACAAACUUCAGGAGGACAAACUCGGAGUUUUAUUUUGAAGGUAAAGAUCAUAUUUAAAGUUUUAUUUUGAAGGACCUGGUUUAUUUGUUUGUUUUCAUGUGUUAGAACUGUUGUGGUGGUUUAGGGGGGCUGUCGUUGGUCUGUGUACCUGUUAGAGUCUGCUGGGACUCUUUACUGGACUGACCCCCCCUCCGGUCUGAGGUCUUCAGUCUGAAGGAAAGUCCUCCAUGGUGGUUCUCAGAGUCCUCAGAUGUUGAACUCUUAGAGUCUCUGUAUGAAGAUCUGAUCCACAUGAACAACAUGUUCCCUGGUGGUCCCUGUGGACUCAGGUCCUUCAGGGUUUUAGUCUGCUCCUGGUUUCCUCCGGGCUGUGGGGUCAGGAGGUUCUGGUUCUGGGUUCUGGUUCUGUUGGGGACAUUUUCAGAUGCAGCUGAAGUUCUGAUCAAGUUUUUAGGGGAGACCGGGUACGUUGAGACACCACCCACUGUUUCUUGUAAACGUCAAAGAAAUUGAUCAUGUGACCAACAUGAGGUCAUUAUUCAUGGUUUUACAAAUAGGGGAGACCGGGUACAGUUGAGCCAAAGGGUAAAUUAGAAUCAGUCCUGAUGGUCUGGGGAUCAUUAGAGUCCAUGUCUGUGAAGGCUCCAUCAAUGCUGAACUAGAUCUACAGGUUCAGGAGCAUCAGGACUCUGGAGUUGGAGUCACAGCAUGGUCUGAAGAUCACUGACCUGUCCGGAGGUCUGAUGGAUCCAAAUCCAACACUCUUUUGGAAAGGACAGCUGGACUUCGUUGAGACGUUUUCGCCUCGUCUCAACUAAGUCCAGUUGUCUUUUCAACGAAGAUCUGUAGAUCAUAGAUGCCUCAUCCUCAGUUCUGUUUACACUCGUUCUGUCGGCACGCUCUCUUCGUUUGGGCAUGUGAACGUUAUUUGAGGGCGUGGAGCGUCUGCCUCACAGCCAAUCAGGUUAGAGGAGGUGGAGAACGACUUUGUUUACAGUCAGAAUGAGCUUAAAAAUCUGAAGAGACAUCCCAGAGAAUCCCUGAUAAUCCCAAAGGUCAUCAAUAACCAAUAUCUAUUAGGAAAGAGUUGUCUGGAAAUCAUAGAUGCUGCAUCCUCAUUCUUUGUCCUGCUCUCCUCUGAAGAUGACAGUUCUGUUUACUCUCAUUCUGAUGAAGAAGAACUUCCUGAAAUAUCUGCAGAGACACGAGUCAGAGACUAAACUAGGACUGACCUGAUGGACUGAUCCGGAAACACGGAUCAUCUUAACCCGCUCUCCCCUAUGAGGACAGAUGUUUGAUUUUUCACGUCCAUGUGGGACAUUCAGGGGUUUCAGGAUGUGACUCAGAGAACAGCAGGAGGAGGAGGAGGAGGAGAAGUUACCUGAAGAUCUCCAGGAAUAACCUCCUCUCAGCAGGGGGGAGACCGUGUCCUGCUGCUGCUUCCCCUCAGAGUCUCAGAUCUGCAUGAGGCCCUCUUUGGACCGGGACAUGGUUCUGUUAUUGGGGGGGGUUCAGAUCUGUGCAGGCGGCACGUGAGCUGAGGUUCGGUCACGGAAUAGUCCUUUAUUAUUAGCCUGAUUGAAAAUAGCUGAGCUGUAUCUGGAUUAGACUCUGAUCAGUCCGCCGGUGAGACUCCAGGAGGAUGAUCUCAGCCUGCCCUUAUAUAACACACACACACACACACACACACACACACACACGCACACACACACACGUGCACAGAGGGAGUGAACUGGUUGGACCUGAUCUUUGUUUAUGUCCUUGGUUCUGGUCUGUGGUUCGAGAAAAUCAAGUCUUUUUAUACUUUAAUUUUUCUCUCAUUAAAACUUCGUCUCAGCUGAGAGUCACUCGGUGUUUUCAUGAACCGAGAGUCUCUGAGCGUCAGUCUGAGCAGGAAGGAGAGAAACUAAAAACCACAGCAGAGUCUGAGCGGGAAAACCAAAAUCAGAUUAACCUUUUUAUACUCCGAACAAACGGAUUAACAGUCAAACCAUCGGCUUUGACAACGAGAGAGAGAGAGAGAGAGAGAGAGAGAGAGAGAGAGAGAGAGAGAGAGAGAGAGAGAGAGAGAGGGAGAGAGAGAGAGAGAGAGAGAGGGAGAGAGAGAGAGGGAGAGAGAGAGAGAGAGAGGGAGAGACAGAGAGAGAUUUUUUUGAUUUUUCAAAACAACUUUAUUCAAGUCAUUUUUUCAACAACAACAAUCAGCAUCAUAUAUAUAUAUUUAUAUAUAUAUACACAUAUUUUAAAUAAAAACAAUAAAUAAAACCAGAUCAGACCAGCUGAUCUGAAAACUCCAGUCCACCAUCUUUAACUGAGCACAGUACUCCACCAUGGGUCCAUGUUUGAUAAAACCGCAGCAUGUUCUGCAUUUCUCUGUAGUACUUGAAGUCAAUCAGAAUCCUCGCUUUGAUGGUUCUGCUCAGCAGCAGCACCGGGUCACAGUCCACACCGUCCUCCACUUUCAACUUCCUGCUCAUGUAGAUCGCCAAUUUUGAUUGACCCAGCACAAAGUUCAACAUUUGGCAUUUUUCUUUUUGAGCUCUUUUGUAUUUAAAACCCAGAAUGAAUGUCUUAAAAGAAAACACCUCGUCUGCUCUCCUGAACACACAUUCCAUCAGUUUGAACAGAGGAGCGAGGCGAGGACACUCAGUGAAGCAGUGGAUGAUGGUCUCCACUGCUCCACAGAACGGACAGUUGUUCUGGACUGCUGAGUUCAUGAUGGAAAUAAAAGAGUUUACAGCUAAAAUCCCAUAAAUUAGUCUCCACUGGAGGUCAGCCACCCUCUUGGAGAGUGGAGGCUUGUACAGGCUCCUCCACUCAGCCUGGACCUUGUCCCCCAGGACCAGCCGGGCCCUCCAGGGGGACCGGAUGUGUUGCUGCAGUCUCUCUCGGUUUAUCGUCCUCACCAUCAGAGCCGAGAGAGCCUUUCCCUCGGCCUUCUCCAGGCUCACCUCCUGCUGCAGGUCUGGUCCCGGACGGAUGAUGAGGGGGGGGAACGGUAGGUUGGGACAGGGGGCAGUCUGUUCCUGUCGCUGUUCUCCCAGCAGUUGCCGGUCUCGUCCCGUCAGACAGGUCCUCCAGUGGUUCAGCAGUCGGCUCACGUUCCUCCUCGAUCUCCAGCCCAAGCGCCUCGCCAGCUCCUCCGUCUCCUGCAGGUCGGGUCCGGUGAUGUCCAGCAGGGUCCCCAGCGUGGUGAUCCCCGCUGUCCUCAGGUCCUCGGCCACCGCUGCUCCUGCCCAGGGGGGGUUGCUCAGCAGGCCUCCACGGCCCAGCGGCUCCCUCAGCAGCCAGCAGCAGGUUUGGUGCUGGACCCUCUGCCUCCACAGCAGCUUCCACACGCUGAACACACCUCGGUAAAACACUGGCAGGGAUAAAAAACUCACAGUCUUAAAAUCCAAUAAAAACACAGUCUCCUGUAGGCCGAGGCCGCCCACGCUACGCAGAAUCAGCCGAGCCAGGGGCCUCCACACCAGGUCCUGGGGCCCGUACAGCAGCCGCUGGAUAAACUGUAGUCUAAACGCUGCCCCCCUGCUGGCCAGGUGCACCAGCCCCUGACCUCCCUCUUCCACAGGGAGGAACAGCACCGCCUGUGGGAGCCAGUGGAGCUUGUCCCAGAAAAAGUCAAUUAAAACAGUCUGGACCCUGGAGAGCAGGUUAGGGGGAGGGUCGACAACAGCCAACCUGUGCCACAGGAAGGACGACACCAGGUUGUUAAUGAUCAGGGUCCUCCCCCUGUACGACAUGGACGGCCGCAACCACCUCCACCUCUUCAGUCGGCCCUCGACAGCCUCAAGGACCCCCUCCCAGUUUCUCUUUAAAAACUGUUCAUCCCCUAAAAACACCCCAAGAUAUUUAAGCCCCCACUGUCCACUGGAGCCCCCCAGGAAGAACCAGCCCCCCCAAGGAGUCCCUGUUUGUGGUGAAGGCCACACUCUUGGCCCAGUUGACCCUGGCUGAAGACAGUUUGUUAAAAAGAUUUACUUUGUCCUCUAAAACCUGAAUGUCUUUCUGUGUAUUUAAAACCACCAUGAUGUCGUCAGCGUAUGCUGUCAGUUUUAUCGCUGAAGGACAUCCUGGGAACAGAACUCCUGUCAGAGUCCUCCUCAUUCUUUCUAAUAGCGGUUCUAUCGCUAGAGAAUAGAGCAUUCCUGAUAAGGAGCAACCCUGUCGAACCCCUCUUUGAACGCAGAAGGGAGCAGCCAGACCACCAUUAAUCUUGAGUAUGCUCGCAACGUCACGGUACAUAACCCGAACCAUGGCUAUAAAAUCUGGGCUGAACCCGAAGGCGGCGAGCGUCUUCCACAGGUACUGGUGUUCAACCCGAUCAAAAGCCUUUUCCUGGUCUAUGGAAAUCAGACCAGUGUCAACGCCUAAAGAGCUAGAGACGUCCAAAACAUGCCGAAUCAGAGUGAUGUUAUCACUGAUCAGUCUGCCGGGCACACAGUAAGUCUGGUCUACAUGAAUCACCUCCGCCAUCACCUCUCGCAGCCGUAGAGCCAGGGCUUUGGAGAGGACCUUAUAGUCCCCGCAGAGCAGUGAGACCGGUCUCCAGUUCUUCAGUUCUUGGAGGUCCCCCUUCUUAGGGAGCAGGGUUAUGACAGCCCUCCUGCAGCUCUGCGGUAGCAGUCCUGUUCUCAAACUCUCCUGAAAUACUUCCAAUAAGUCCUCGCCCACCACGGGCCAGAAAGUCUUAUAGAAAUCCACUGGGAUCCCGUCGAUGCCUGGGGCCUUUCCGUUGGCCAAGCUCAUGAGGGCCACAUGCAGUUCCUCCAGAGUCAGGUCCGCUGUCAGGAGAGAGUUCCCCGACUGUCCCACCUGAGGGAGGUCAGACAGAAAGUCUGCCUCCAGCUGUGGAUCCUCCACCAGUUCACUUUUAAAAAGGUCUCUAUAAAAACAUGUGGCAUGCCUGCGGAUCUCUGAGGCCCCAGUGAUGGCGGAUCCGUCAGUGGCGCGCAGGCUGUGGAUCACCUUCCUCUGUCCGUUUUUUGACUCCAGGCUGAAGAAGAACUUCGAUGGGGCGUCCAUCAUGGAGGCGUUCAUGUAGCGGGAGCGCACCAGCGCCCCCUGUGCUGUAGUGCCCAGCAGGUUGGCUAUGGUAGCCUUCUUCUUUUGGAGGGCCUCAACAUGCCUCCCUUCUCCUGUACAGUCCAACAGGUUCUGUACCUCAGUCUCCAGGACCUGGAGGGAUCUGGUGAUGUACUUGGUGACGUUGCGAGUGUACUGCUGACAGAACUGCUGAAUUAAAACCUUCCCAUAGUCCCACCAUCUCUGCACUGAUAAAAACUCUGCCUUCCUGUCCCUGUGUGAAGCCCAUAAAAACCUAAAAGCAUCUUUAAAAGCACAGUCUUCUAAAAGAGCCGUGUUAAAAUGCCAGUAGGCGCUGGAUGUCUUCACAUUCUGAAUAAAAAAGUCACACUGGACUAAAAAGUGAUCAGACACACCCACAGGGACAAUAAGACAUUUCCUAAAAAUGCUGAAAUGGUGUUUAAAACAAUAAAAUCUGUCCAGUCUGGCAAGAGACAAGCUGUUGUCCUUGCAGUGGGACCAGGUGUACUGCCUGGUGGAGCCAUUCAACCCUCUCCACACGUCCUUCAGGUCAUGAGUUUCUAUCAGUCUUUUUAGCCGAGUGGAUGAGGCAGGAUGAGGCUCCAGGUGAUUCCUGUCCAUCACUGCAUCAGCAGUGCAGUUAAAAUCACCCCCCAGGAAUAAAAAACCCUCCUCCACACCCCCCACCACAUCACACAGAGUAUUUAAAAACAGCAUUCUGUCUCUGCCCAGCACUGGAGCAUAAACACACACAAAAACAAAUUUAAAAUCCUCAUACUGAGCCUUAACCAUUAAAAUGUGUCCAUCCAUCACCUGGUGCACCUGCACAGUGUGAGGGUUAAAGAACCUGGAGAACAGGAUCCCCACCCCAGCACUGUUGGACACUUUGUGACUCAGAUAGACCUGGCCUGGCCACUCCCUUCUCCAGUCCCCCUCAUUCCUCUGGUCACUGUGGGUCUCCUGCACAAAAAGUACGUCCAGCUUUUUCAGCUGGCACAGCUGGAACAGAGAUGCUCUCUUAUAGUCUGACCGAGCUCCGUUUAUGUUUAGAGUCCCAAUGCGAAUGUUCAUAAAAACUGUGAGAAGAACUGAACAAAUAAAAACAGGGGAUAAAAAACACGACAUCAUAAAAAUCAGUUACUUGUCACUCUGAGUGUUUCUUUGACCCUUUUUUUGAGUUUACUGAGUCUGUAGACUUCCUGCUCAGUAAACGCGUUCUCUCUUUGAAAACGAUUCACUGAGUUUAUAAAACCAUUUAAAUCUGGGAAAAAAUUUUCCACUUUGACCGCCCAUUGACCUUUAGUGUCAGCUAAAAACUUUUUGAUUUUUGUCACACUGUAAUUUGUGAUUUUUUCUUUUUGAGAAGGAGUAAAGUCAGCCUCUUCCUCCUCCUCUUCCUCCUCCUCCUCUUCCUCAGAAAGGUCCUCCAGUACCUUCAUGGCCUUCCCUCCCCCCUGACUCUGAUCAUUUGGUUUUCUUUUGCUGUAUUUAAGACUGAUGUUUUGUUCGUUAAAAACGUCUUCCAUAAUCACUUCGAUCAUGCUGUCAAUGUCUGAUUUGUUUUCUCCUCCUCCCUCCACCACAGUGUUUACAGUUUUUUUCUGUUGAUCAAUUUUUACAUUAUUUUCAUUUGGUGCAUCCCCACUCAGACCCACUUCCAUUCUGUUAUCCUCGGGCACCUGCUUACUCAAACGGGAGCCCGAGGCGUCUGACUCGUGCUCCGCGCCCGGAGCCCCGGCCCCACUCGCCGGCCGCUCCGCGCGCGAAGCCCCGGCUCCACCCGUCGGGCGUUCCGCUCCCGGAGCCCCGGCCUUACUCGCCGGGCGCCCCGCGCCCGAAGCCCCGGCUUCACCCGCCGGCCACUCCGCGCGCGGAGCCCCGGCCUCACCCUCCGGCCGCUCCGCGCGCGGAGCCCCGGCUUCACCCGCCGGCCGCGCCGCGCGCGGGGCCCCGGCUUCACCCGCCGGCCGCUCCGCGCGCGGAGCCCCGGCUUCACCCGCCGGCCGCUCCGCGCGCGGAGCCCCGGCUUCACCCGCCGUGCGCUCCGGGCCCGGAGCGCCGGCGUUCUCCUUUCUGGCCUCAGGACAUGCUCGGAUGAGAUGUCCUUCGGCCCCACACCCAAAACACUUCAUUGUGUCCGAUGUAAUAAAAACCACAUAGUUAAAACCUUCGAUCUUAAAAUUUAGCGACAGGUUUAAAGGGUUUUCGGCGUCUUUCAGUAUCAUGAACAGCUGCCUCCUGUGACACACGACAUGUUUUAACU